AUGACUACAAUAGAAACAACCAGCCCCCUUUAUCUUCACCCUUCUGAUGGUAGUAACUCAAUAAACAUAGAAAAACUUCAGGGAUCUUCAAACUACAGGUCAUGGAGAAGAUCUCUGGAAAUUUCUCUUGGUGCAAAGAGAAAACUUGGGUUUGUUACAGGUGCUGUAAAACGUGAUUCCAGUGAUGCAGUUAAACAGGAUCACUGGGAUACUUGCAACAACAUGUUGGAACAAAGAUGCACUGUGUCCAAUGGUUCUAGAAAGUAUAAGAUAUGCAAAGACAUAUAUGAGACAAAGCAACAAGGAAAACUUGUCUCAGAAUAUUACACAGAAAUGAGGGCUCUUUGGGAAGAACUUGAGGCAUUGAACAUAUACCCACCUAUAACCACUAUGACACCUGAAAUCAAUGCCUUCAUAAGUGCUUUGAAUCAGCAACAAGAAGAACAAAAGUUGUUCCAAUUUCUCAAUGGGUUAGAUGAUGGUUAUAGUGCUCAGAGAAGUCAAUUGCUGAUGAUGACACCUCUACCCACAGUGGACAGUGCUUGCAGUUGCCUCCAGCAAGAAGAGUCACAAAGAGACAUACAUAGGCCAGGAAAAGAAGAAUCUGAUGCUGUUGCCAUGUAUAGUAAGAGCAAUGACACUGUGUGCUCUCAGUGUGCUAAACCUGGUCACACAAAGGAGACAUGUUGGUUUGUAGUUGGUUAUCCAAGUUGGCAUCCCCUUGGGAAGAAAGACUCAAGAGGAAAAGGGAAAGACAACAACAAACACCAAGGGAAAGACUAUCCCAAAACCCCCCACAACAACUUCAAGGGAGGUAAAAAAUGGAACAAAGGAAAGGGUGGAAACAGAAACAAGAUGGCUGCAAAUGCUCACACUCACAGUGAAGGUGGAUCUAGCUCUGUUGGGUCAACUUUAACUACUCAACAACUUGAGCAGCUUCUGAAAUUGCUCCCCAUUCCCUCCAAAGCUGGCCCUGGUUCAGACACAGAAGAUGAAAUGGACACAAGCUUUGCAGGAAUGGUGAGCUGCUACUAUGCUGAUGCAACAUGUCAAGAGUGGAUCAUUGAUACUGGAGCCUCUCACCAUAUGACUGGGAAUCUGAAUGUGAUGCUCAAUCCUGAAAGAUGUGAAGAUAACCCUCAAAUAAACUUACCUACAGGUCAAACAUCAGAUAUCAGUCACACUGGGAGUGUAAAACUACACAAUUAUCUUGAACUUAAAAAUGUGUUGUGUGUUCCAGCCUUCAAGCACAACCUCUUGUCUGUCAAGAAACUUGCUCAAGAUGGGAAAUGCAAAGUGAUAUUUCACUCUGAUCAUUGCAUGAUUCAAGAUCAACUCACAUCUAAAGUGAUUGUAGUUGGUACAGUUGUAAAUGGGUUGUACUACUUGAUCAAUGAGCCUAUAAAUCAAGCCAUGAGAAAGAUUGCCAAGAAUGUGCCUCACACUGCUAUUAAAGAAUGUAGAAAAACAGCUAUGACAGCUUCAGGAGACUUGAUUGUUCCUACAACAGUGAGAAAUACCAAACCUAUGAAUGCAACCACACUGUGGCAUCACAGGCUUGGCCAUGCUCCACUGUCAAAAAUCAACAAAAUCCAGGGUCUGAAGGAGUUCAAUACAGAGUGCCACUACUACAGAAAUAAAGACAGUGAUGCUGUGAAGGAUGAUCUUGAUCAGUUAAGCGAAAAGCUACUAAAUGACAAUGAAUAUCUCAUAAACAGUCAGAGAUUGGGAUGGAAUGAGAGUAUUUUCCCAGUAUCUCCCUGCAUUGUGUUUUUGUUUUUGAUUCCCUUCACUCUUAUUCCCGAAGAAGUUUUGUUAUUUGUGACUGCGUUUCUUUGA